CCGGCGAACACGGGCAGCCAGAGAGGCAUUUUGCGCGAGGACUUUUGCGAGCGACUUUCUGUAUAGUGCCUGUGUAAAAUAAACGAGUGUACAUGUGAUAACUCUGCAUCUAUCUUUUAAUUCUGACUUUGGUCUCGUCCACGCCUCCCUUCAUCGCAACCUGUCGCGAUCAAAUCAACGCACGUAUACCGGGAGACUCCGCAUUUAAGAGCCUUAAUUAAGGCCCAACAAUAUAAAUAUUUUUACAGUAGUCUGAUCAAAGAGUAACAAUCAUGCUGCCGAAACUACUUGCCUUGCUUUGCUUCAGCUUUGUCGUUCACGCAAAUAUAGAUGGAACUGCUCCAAGAGUCAAAACACCUUUGGGAGGACUGAAAGGCUAUUUCAAGUUCUCACAAAAUAAUAGAAAGUAUGAGGCUUACGAAGGGAUUCCUUACGCAUUGCCACCUAUUGGGAAAUUACGAUUUAAGCCUCCUCGGCCAAUACCGGCAUGGACUGGUGAAUUAUCGGCUACAAAAUUUGGUUCUAAUUGUAUUCAAUAUAAUCACGUGCCAAUAACUCCGGAGGUUAUUGGCGCCGAAGAUUGUUUGUAUUUAAACGUUUACGUGCCAGUGCGGGAAGCAGGGGCAAAUAAAAUCCCAAUGCCGGUAAUAUUUUGGAUCCAUAGCGGCGCGUUCCAAUCACCUUUCAUCGAUAGAACACCCAUUGAAAUCGUGAGUAGCGGAGAUGUCCAGGAUGUCCCUUGGGUUACGGGAGUAACGAGCGAAGAGGGCCUCUAUCCUGUAGCUGAGUUUAUCAAUCAUGAUGAAAGUUUGAAACAGCUGAACGACAAUUGGGAUAUUCUCGGACCGGAUUUUCUUGACUUUAACUACACCAUUUCCAAAGAGAAGCUUGUCGAGGUCGCUCGUCUUAUUAAGAAACAUUACUUUGGCGCAAAACCAAUAGAUCGACAGAGUACAAAAGAAUUGGUACAAAUGACGAGUGAUCGCCUUUUCUUGGUCGAUGCCGAAAAGGCUGCGCGAAUGCAAGCCAAAGUAAAUCAGAAUCCAGUUUGGUAUUAUUAUUUCAGUUACAGAGGAGCGAAAAGUUCAAGCCACCUUUACAGCGGUACCACUGUGAAUUAUGGUAUAAAUCUGUAA